AUGGCGGGCCUGGAAUACGCCUUUGUGCAUGCAAAAUACACCAUCCCAGUAGCUAUAUUGCUCACAGUUCUUCUCCAGCCCUUCAAAACCAGCGUAGAUAAUUACAAGAUAACAUAUUUACUCAUCAUAGCUAUAACGGCAGCGACACCAUGGGACUCUUAUCUCCUCACGAACAAAGUUUGGACCUACCCAGAACAUGCUAUCAUCGGCAUCACGCUUUGGAAAAUACCUUUUGAGGAGUAUUUUUUCUUCGCAGUACAGACAUAUAUUACCUCACUUAUCUGUAUACUUGCAGGAAAAUCUAUCAUUCCUACAGCUUUUCUGCCAACUUUGCCAAUAACUCCAUCGUCUCCAUCGAUCGAGGAAGCAAACUUAAAGCUGCAGAAGAAAAAACACCUUGUUCAGAAUGAUUACAAACGCCUCAGGCGUAUUGGUUUAUUUGGUGCGAUUUUUAUUGCAUCUCUGAUUACCAUUGGGGUGAAACUAGUCCAAAGUGGUGGCCAGGUCCCGCGUAAAAAUGUUCUGAUUCCGAUAUUACUACCUACGGGUUACCUUUGGUUUGUUGACUCCCUUGCAUUGAAGAAGGGGACUUGGGUUAUCAAUCCUGAGAAGAGCUUUGGUAUUAAGCUGUGGAAAUAUUUGGAUAUCGAGGAAGCUUUAUUUUUUCUUAUGAGCAAUAUUCUGAUUACUUUUGGUCAACUGGCUUUUGACCACACUUUGGCUGUGAUCAAUGGCUUUCCAGAGAUUUUCAACUUUGCGAUCCCUUCCUGGCCAUCACUUUUUAUCAUGAUUAGAGGAUUGGGUAUUUCUGUUAGAAAUUACACACCUAGGCGGGUAUCAAAUCUCAGAGAUGCGAUUUUGAAGCUUCAAAAUAAGAGUAGAAGUUUCUCACUCGCGAGUAGUGUAUUCGAGGGAAGGCUUAGGAUCGAUCUAGUACUAUUAUACGCAUUCUGUCGGAAUGCAGAUGAUUUAAUAGAUGAGGCUGAAAACAGAGAAGAAGCUCAGAAGGCUUUGGUCAAAUUAUCAGAUGCUCUCUCGAACACUUUUUCGUACCGUCGGUCCGAAAAGUCAACAUUCAAAAUUCAAAAUAAACUUAAACCACCUAUUUCUAUGCUUUAUAACCUGCCGGAGGAAAUGGCAUCUUCAUUGGAGAUGUUGCCUAUUGAAGCUCUCCCUAUCAAGCCAAUACAGGGACUCCUGGAAGGAUUUGGAAUGGAUCUACAGUUCCCAUCAAGCGACGAGAAAGAAAACAAAACAAUGCCCGGCGGCGAAUUCCCGAUCAAAACAGAAUCAGACCUCAAACGAUACGGGUAUUGUGUAGCCGGUACCGUUGCAGAGCUACUCCUUCACCUUGUUUUCCACCAUUCUCCCACGAAGAAUAUUGCAAAGAAAGAACGGGCAGAGAUAAUACAAGCCGGUGUCAACAUGGGGAUAGCGUUACAAUACAUUAAUAUUUCACGGGAUAUUGCUAAAGAUGCACUUAUUGGACGGUGCUAUAUCCCAAGUGAUUGGCUGGCAGAAUACAACUUGACUCCUGCAAUGGUGGUAGAAAACCCCGAUCGCCCCGAAGUCCGAAUAUUAAGGAGGAGACUAUUGAGAAACGCAAUGGAAAUUUACUACCAGAACAGAGGGGCGAUUGAGAAAUUACCGACGCACGGGGGUGCAAGGAAAGGUGUUAGAGGUGCUGUCGAGAACUACGUAGAAAUCGGGAGGGUGUUACUCGAACGAGACGGAGAGAUGCCGAUACGAAAUGACGAGACAGUUAGUAAAUCGAGAAGGCUUUGGGUGUUUGUUAAAGCACUUUGUGCAUGA